AUGAAUGAAAUGGACCAGAUACGUUGUUCAAAAUCGAUCACUGUUUGUGAAAGUUCGAGUGGAUCUGUGCCUGAGGCUGUGAUUGUAGUCUCUGGUCUCAAGGGUGAGACCAGUGACUCUGUCUCAAACCAUGUAUUGAUCGAAGAGCAAAAAGAGAAUGAUUCAAGAAUGGGGAAAGAUGGUGUUGGAUGCAGUAACGGUUCAGCUCGCGAUGUUCACGAGGAAGUUGCAAAUAACGUUACUGCGGUAAGCUGUCACGAGAGUGAUGCUUCAGAAAAAGCAAAGGAGAAGGAGUUUCACGUGAUUGAUCUGAGCGGUGGAGGAGAAGAAAGUGAUAAUGGACAAAGAAUCUGCAGGAUCUGUCAUUUUGGUUCUGAUCAAACGCCGGAUAGAGUUUCUGGCAAGUCAGUAAGUGUAGACUUGAUUGAGAUUGGUUGCAAAUGCAAAAACGAGCUUGGUCUUGCGCAUUUUCAUUGCGCUGAAGCUUGGUUUAAGCUAAGAGGAAACAGUGUAUGUGAAAUCUGCGGUUCUUCAGCGUUGAAUGUUCCAGUAAGGUUGACGGAGGAGGAGUGGAGCGAAAUAAGGGACGGUACAACGGAUGAAGGAAGAAGACGUGGAAGUGGACAGUCUUGCUGCAUUUUCAUGGUUUUUCUGCUUACUAUCAUUCUGCUUCAUUGGUUUUUCAAGAAGAUGAGUGGUUACUACCAAAAUACAUAAAAUUAAUUUGUUAGUUAAUAAGCAUAUAUGUUUGUAACUUGUACAUCCUAUUAUGUACUAUAUUGAAACAGAAGAAGAUAGAAUACAGUACAAGUUUUAUAGAAUUUAAUAAAUGGUCAAGUCAGAGUUUUUUACUUUUAA